CCCGCCAACAGUUGAAUAACUGCACACCAAAUCGCCAGGUGGCACUUCAUCGUAAAUCAGCUGUCAUGCAAUUUUACGCAUUUUCAACUGUUGGAAAGAACGAAUGUGAAAUGUAAUCAAAUAAUAGUGUAAUAACCAAAGUCCAAAGUUUUUGAGAAAUGAAUUAAUGUCACAUAAUUUCCAAUAUUAUAAAAUAUCAAAAUUUUAUACGAAAAAAUGGAAGAAGCUAGUUUGACGAAUAAAUUGGAAGAUGCAUCAGAAAUAAAGAGUUCGAAAAUUCAGGACCAAUGCAUUACGUCAAAUUGGAUGCUAACUCAGAAUAACAAACGGUGGAGCGAUGCAAUUUCAAUUGUUACCGGUUUUGAGACCACUGAAAGUUUAACCGUGGACGAUAUUGUUACCGAAGAUUCGUAUGUGAUACUUCAACCUGUGAAUGCAAACUUGGAUAGCAAGCAUGAAGCCUGCGUAAUUAACAUAAAUUUAACGGGACAGAAAAUCUUGAAAAUCGGAGUGGUAUCCGAAGCUUCGGUUCUAGAAUUUUUCAAGGAAUCGGAAGAGUAUGCGGGAACUGCAUUUGCUGAAUUAAUCCUUGAAGACGAGGGAGCCACUGCCUAUCUGGCGGACUUGAAUUUCUCAAGACCAACUUCGCAAGCUAGUAUAAAAUUUACAAGGGUACACAACGAUUCUCGUUCGUACAUGUACCUAUAUGGGAUGAGACUUGUUGUAGAAAACGUCACUGACUCGAAAUCAAACCAGCGACUAUCAUUAGAGGAUAUAUUGUCGAAUUCUUAUGGUGUAAAUAAUGCACUAGGAAAAACGGCGCUAAUGGUUCCACCAAAUAUGGUAGAUUUUGCUGAUUAUGAUGGUAAUUUCUCUACAGAGAUUGAUGCGUUUCUAAGAGGGUUUAUGGAGAAAACCUUGAGCAUGCGAGGUGAAAGGCCAAAGAAAAAACAAGAAUCGUUGAAGCCCGUUACCCAACUAGCGAAUGAAAAUAGUGGGAGUCAAACGAACAAAGAGUUGCAAAGAGAUAUUGAAUCUGAUAUAGAUAAGAAAUUGAUGGACAUGGAGAAAAGGUUGAUGGAACGAAUGGACGAAUUAGAAAAGAAAACAAUGGAAAAAUUAGAUAUUAUACUGAACAGAGUAAUGUUACUAUAAAACUAGUUUGAUAAGGAGUAAAUAAAUUUAUAAACCAUUAAA